ACUAUUUUAUUUCUAUCCACUAAAAAACAUACUCGUGAUAUCGUGAAAGAGGCCGCCAUUAAAUGUGGUAUGCCUUAUAUCGUUAACAAAUGGAAAGGGGGAUUUUUAACUAAUUUUCCCGAAAUAAAGAAAAAAAUGAGAGAAUUGCUUAAUCUAAAUAGUUUUUUAAUCAAGGAUAAUUUUAAAAAUUUGGUGAAAAAAGAGCAGGCUAGUUUGGAAAAAAGAAGAAACAAAUUACAAGGUAUUUAUGAAGGAGUAGUUAAUUUAUAUCAGAAGCCCGAUGCCUUAUUUAUUGUUGGAUUAAAUAAAGAAAAAACGGCCUUUAAGGAGGCCAAAAAAAUGGGAGUAGCAGUGAUUGCGGUUUGUAAUACUAAUUGUAAUCCUCGUUCGGUGGAUUAUGUUAUUCCGGGUAAUGACGAAAGUGCCAAUAUAAUUAAUUAUGACAUCAGUGGAGCCUUUUUGAUCGGAAGAGCAAGUGGAAAAAGCAGUUUACCAGUAAAAAAAGAACCCGCUCCUAAUCAGCCAAGGGAUAACCCACCACCAACUCCAAAUAAUCCACCUCAUAAGCCUAAUUCUCCCACUAACCUAAAUGAAUUACAAAUUAAAGUUUAUUAUCAUUCGAAAUUAGGACGAAAUCAUAUCGAACUAACCAAAAAGGGUCACAAUUACACUAUCACUUUUUCGCCCAAGGAUGCUGAGAAAUAUCCCAAUACCCAUGACCAGGUUUAUUAUUUCAGUAAAAAUAAUAAUAAGUUUACUUUGAAACCCUAUCAGAAAGAGCCAGAAAAAACAGGGAAAACUGAGAUAAAAGUCAGGUAUUGUGGCAAGGCGAUAAAUGAAAAAGGGGAGUUUAGUGAUUAUGCUUUCGUUAAUCUUCCGAAAGAUGAGGUAAAAGUCCUUUACAUUAGCAAAAACCACCCCCGAAUUAAGGAAUUAUUAAAAGCAGGAAAAUUGCAACCGGAUAAACAUUUUAUUAUUCGUUAUGGAAAGGUGGAUAGAGAGUUUAUGAGAGGUUUUGCACACGAUUUUGAUGAAUUCAAUCAAGAUUUAAUUAUCCUAGCGGUUAGUUUGGGAGUGGGAAUAUUUUUAGUGGGGAGAAAGACCGCCAAAAGUGCUAAAAACUCGAAAAAUAAGGAGCAAAAAGCCCAAAAUGAAAAAGAAAUUGAGAAAGUUCAAACUAAAUUACAGCAAGUAAAAAGUCAAUUGGCAGCCGAAAAUAAUCCGGUCGAGAAACAAAAAUUACAAACGGAAAUAGAUAACUUAAAUCAGAAGUUAACCAAGUUAAAAAAAGGGAAUAAUCCAACCACUCCUCCAAUUCAAAGUCCACCAACUAAUAAAACCCACCGACAACUUACGGUUAGAUGCAACGGCACAGUAGGAGGAAAAUGGGAAUAUAUCAACCUUUCCAAUUACCAAGAACGGAUUUUAAUUGACCCCAAAAACAAAAUUUUUUCUUCCGAUAAUGCCUUAUAUAUAAAGGAUAUCCAAUAUGCUAUUUCUUUCAAUGAAGAAGAUGCUGAAAAAAAAGGAAAUAAUUUCAUUUUUGACGAAAAAAAUAACAAUUUUCAACUAACACCAGUUAAUAUUCCUUCUCCUCAGCCCAAUUCUGACCAAGUAGAAAUGGAGAUUAGGUUUGUCUCAGCUGUAGGAGAUGAUGUAAUGCUUUCUAACAAUUUAAAGGCUGGUGAUUGA